GAGAGAUUCUGUUCUGACCAACUGGCUUUCAUCUCACCCUCACGCUGGCUUCUCCCCGCGUUUUGAUUUACCCUCUGUCAUCUACCUUGUCGGUGGAACUGAGACUUUUUUUUAUCUCCCCCUCCUGGGUAAGAAUUCUGCACACUAGUUUAUCUACUACCUGAUUUCCCUUUUCCAAGGUCCCCUGUCCAACUCUCUCUUCCUCAAAAAUUUGAAGAAAAAUUAACAUUUAACCCAACAUGAGAACCAAAUGAAUUGAGUUAGUUUUACUGCCCCUCCCUCUCAGUAGCUUGGGACUGAGCCGUGGAGGUCAUCUCAUUCCGAAAAAGAGAAUGUCCCUACCAUGUAAGCCAGAAGUUCAGAGUACUAACUUCCUUGGUACAAGUCAUAUGAGGACAACUGCGCUCUCUGAUAGUGAUGGCGUUUUGAAACAGACUGGCCCCAGAUUUACAGUCAACACAGUAUAGUGCUGAAGGCCUGUAGGAUUUCUGAAAAGCUGCCGGCCUUUGUUCUGCCUUGGAAGUCAAAAGAAACUGACUCAAAUGUCAGCAAAGAAGUCAGUAACAGCCAUGGAAUAGAGGAACUGGCCAGCAAGAAAAGAAGCAAGCUGGAAAAAAAGCAAGAUUCCUUCUUCCAUCUCUUUUUUAUCUGGGCUGCCACUUAAGGCGCUUCCCACAUUAAGGGGGUUGAAGAAGACGUUCGUGACCAUGGACCAGGAGCGACCCCGCUGUGAGCUCAGCAUCAACAGCAGAAACGAUCUCCGCAAAGUUCUCCACCUGGAGUUUCUCUACAGGGAGAACAAGGCAAAGGAAAAGCCUCUGAAGACAAACCUCGAGCUCAUUACCAGAUACUUUCUGGACCAUUCUGGAAACACAGACAACUUCAACCAAGAAGACCCAAUCCCCGCACUCCCGGUUCCAAAGAAAAAUAAUAAAUUGUCUUCGAGGUGCCCAGAGACCACCCUGGUGAAUAUAUACGAUCUUUCAGAUGAAGACACAGGAAGACGGAUGUCCUGGUCAGAAGCAGGCAAAGCCAGGCAUGACAAUCAUGAUGGGGACAUACUUGGUUAUUUCAUAUCACCCAAAAAGAGCCCACACAAAAGUAAGCCUGCAUACACGGUCCUGGGUGACAGCCUCCCUUUGGUUUCUGCGUGGGAGAAGGUGGAGCAGCUUCACUCAUCAGAGCCUUGCACAGAUGUGAAGAGGUCAGCGGAGAGGACCAGGCCAAAGUCUGGCCUGAUCGUCCGAGGCAUGAUGGCUGGGCCUGUCGCCAGCUCCCCGCAGGACUCUUUCCGCAAGCGCUCUCUGAGAAGGUCCUCAUCCUUGAACAGGAUGCUCCAUGCCCCAGAGGAAAGCCAGCAGCCUUCGGAAGCUCUUGUCCACACUCCAGCCUGUCCAGGUCCACAGGAGGUCCGCACUUCCAGCCCUCUGGGCCAGCUGAAUGAGCUGCCUGUGGAGAAGCCAAAUGCCACUUCCAGCAGCCAAGAGCUGUCCCAGAGAAACAGGCCCAGGCCCAGAAGUGUUUCAGAGGAUGGCCCGUCGGGAUACAGCCACACAGAAACCAGCACAACACCUUCGAAGCUGUACUUGCCUGAUGGGAAUUCCAGGAUGACCCAGGAGCAGCUGAAAAGAGCGUUCAAGCGGCAGGGCAGCCAGCCUCCAUCUCUCAGGAAAAAUCAGUUGGUGUCUGACAAGGCCGGUGAUAAUCCAGAUGCCCUGUGGCUAGAGGAUGUUGAAGAUGAACUCAUAAAGGAAGACAUUGUCUUGACCCCACCUCCAUCAAUGCUCAAGCUGCAAACGGUAUCAAAGCCAAUUGAUCUCUCAUUGGCAAAGGAGAUGAAGACCCUUCUGUUCGGCUCUACCUUUUGCUGCUUCAGUGAAGAGUGGAAACUUCAGAACUUUUCCUUCAGUGACACGGCCUCAUUAAAAUACGGCAUUGUGCAGAACAAGGGUGGUCCCUGUGGGGUUCUGGCGGCUGUUCAAGGCUGUGUGCUGCAGAAACUCCUGUUUGAAGGAGACAGCAGAACCAACUGUAAUCUCCGGCUGCGGCCCUCAGACGCCCAGAGGACCCACUGCCUUGCCCUGGCCAUUGCAGACAUCCUGUGGCGCGCUGGAGGGAGAAAGAAAGCCGUGGUUGCGCUGCCUUCAGGAACGCCACACUUCAGUCCAACAGGAAAAUACAAAGCAGAUGGAGUCUUAGAAACACUCACACUGUAUAGUCUGACCCGCUCUGAGGACCUGGUGACUUUUCUCCAGCAGAGCAUACAUCAGUUCGAAGCGGGACCCUAUGGUUGCAUCCUGCUCACCUUGUCUGCCAUCCUGUCCAGAUCGCUGGAACUUGUCCGCCAGGACUUUGACGUGCCCACCAGCCAUCUGAUUGGAGCUCACGGAUACUGCACACAGGAACUCGUCAAUCUUCUCCUGACCGGGAGAGCCGUGUCCAAUGUUUUCAAUGAUGUAGUGGAGCUAGACUCAGGCGAUGGGAACAGCACACUUCUCCGAGGCAUCGAGGCACGCAGCGACAUCGGUUUCUUAUCUCUCUUUGAACAUUACAAUGUUUGCCAGGUCGGCUGCUUCCUGAAGACUCCGAGGUUCCCCAUCUGGGUGGUGUGCAGCGAGAGCCACUUCAGCAUCCUCUUCAGCCUACAGCCAGAACUCCUGUCCGACUGGAGGGCGGAGCGGCUCUUUGACCUUUAUUACUACGAUGGCUUGGCCAACCAGCAGGAGGAGAUUCGGCUGACUGUGGAUACCACCAAGAGCACCCCAGAGGACAACUGCAGAGACCUUGUCCCGCCCCUUGAGCUCUGUAUCAGAACCAAAUGGAAGGGAGCAUCUGUCAACUGGAAUGGCUCAGAUCCCAUCCUGUGACCCUUGGAUACAUCAGGCUCUCUGGCUUCAUCACUCAUCACUGGGAUGACCUCUGGACCACAGAUCGUAGGGCCCAGUCUCUUAGAGGAGUCACCCUGCCUGAGUUUGCAUGCCCACAGUGUCAUGCAGAGUCUUUCAGAUUCUUCCAUGAACGGCUAUGGUAGGGCCUGGUGCACUGCUGACGCAGCUGUGACUGCCAACGACAGGAAGGACACUGAAGACUCUGCCUUUUGUCUGCAUCCUUCCUGGAUAGCCCUCUCUCCAAGGCCUCUGGUGUGGCUGGCCUUGGGGACUCUGGACACUUGUUACUACAGCUUUCAUAAAGCAAAAGUCAAGUUUGUGACCAGGGCCAAGACUGUGUGGUUCAUUGGUGUGAGGGCAGCACAGGUCUGCUCUCAUCAUGGUUAAGGCGGAACAAGGAGGUGGAGGCCCCCCAUGGACAAAGUAUCUCCUAGCCAAGAUCUGAGGACAAGCCCUGUCCUUUGUCUCAGGGAUAUCCUUGUCAUGCCCCCUGGUCUCUCUGUUUUUCAUAGGAACAGCAUAGUCUAAGAUACAAGCUAUAUAGCCUGCUGUCCAAGAGCAGCCUAAGCCCUAGAAAGCCCUAGCCAGGGAAGACCUGAUUCUCCUGUGAGGCCACAUGAGGAUGGGGUGGGCCUAAAGGAGGCUGGAAUAGGUGCAGCUAGAAAGCUACCCAAGGAGUGACUUCUUGGCCACACGUGUGAGCAAAGGAGAUGGCGACAAGCAGAGGGAUCAAGUGUGGACUUCCCUGUGGUCAUGGGGAGAACCGACUGCCUAUGUGACUGGGCAGGGAUUUGAAAGUACUCACAUUGCGGAAUAAGGAGAGAGGUUGGAUGGGGAACGGUAUGCUCUGAGCUUUGCUUGCUGCGCUGGUGUAUAUUCCAUGGUUUUCAUCAGGCAGUGUGACACAGCAGUAGUGGGAGGCUGGGGAAGAACUACAGGCUGGAGUAUCUGGAUCAAAGCCAGAAUCUAAGGCCACUUGCAGCAGGUCACUAGAGGGACCUAGGGACAAAGCUCCAGCCCUCAAAGUCCCUGUUGUAUGGCUAUCCAGGUGAGAAACUAGGACCAAAAUAAUAAUAAAGCCUUCAGGUGCCUUCACCCCUAGCUCAGGGGCCAUGCAGAGGUGGGUGCUCACACACGGGGAUCAAGAGAGGCAUAUAGGAGCCCUAGAUGCCUCAUGGCAGCCCAUUUUUGGCCUCCGUGUGUCCCCAUGGGGUUUAGGAGCCUUGCUGCUCUAUGGCUGUGUCCUCUGCUGAAAGAAGACCCCUCCUUUAGGGAACUAGGGAUUUGGUGGGGACAACUACAGAGCUUGUCUUGUGUUCCUGUGGAUAGGGCACACGCUGUGUCCCAACUGCUGAUCUUUGGAGCGACAGGGAGGAGCCAACCAUGCCAUAGGAGAAUGGGAGGGCGGGGAUGGCUGUGUCCUGCACCGGGCUCCCUCGGGGCUUGCUGUGUAAACUUUAGUGGCCAUUCACAGCAGGUUCCCAGUAGAAAUGCUUCCUAUAUCUCCUUGAAAUGUUUAUGCAUUUGUUUUCCUUGGCCAGGGAUGGGCCGCUGCAGAGUGCCUGACCGAGGAAGUUGGUUUCCCUGCAGUGGCCUUGUUUAUCGGCCUGGGGAGGAAAAGUAUCUUUUCAAUGAAACCCACUUAGUCUCCUUGCCAGGGGCUCUUUGGCAGCGCUAGGGAAAACAAACAAUUCCCAGCAUUGCUGCAGAAGGUUAACCCAACAAAGCACAGAGCUUGCUUUUCUAGGAGCCCAGAUGCUGAUCCUCAAAUGAUGCCCUGGAGUGGGAGGUGGGCAGAACUAGGUACCACCACUCCCAGGCUUUGAAGCCAUAACACAUUCUCAGUUACCCUCUCAGUGCUAUAGGAACGAAACGUGUGAGGCUGCGCCUUAUCGCAAGUGAGCUUUGUCACAUGGGCUCCUUGUUUUCUAGGGAUGCAGUUUGUAGGCUCCUGUGGCUCAUAGCCCUCUCCCAGCCUGUAUUAAAAUCUUUAACGCUCACA